AUGUGGACCACUAAUGCUGUCUAUAGUGUUCUAAGCGCAGAGGAAGAAAAUGAAAUUGGUUUAGUUAGGUCUGCACUCAUAUCUCGACCACCUAACUGCUCUAAAGCUGUUGCUGUUGUCACCCCUUUAAUGAAUGACUCUUUGAUUUUAAUAAAAUUUCCCAGAAAUAAUAUUAUAGCUGAAGAAGCAGCAAAUGAAAGCGCAUUAACUACAUCAAAAGAUACAGCUUGUGAUGCUCAAUUAACAUUUUUAUAUAGUGGAAAUAAGGAUGAAGAUUCAAUAUUGUACCAACCUAUGCCUAAGCUGCAUCAGCCACAAAAAAAGAAAGUAGAGCAAAAGAAAUCUAAAAAUAAUCUUUCUUUCCCUGUAACAUUCCAUUCUCGAGUAAAGUCAUCUGGCUAUGGAGUGGUGCAAAUAUCCAGCCGAAUGUUUCAGCCAAAAAUCAAUAAAAGAAGUCCAAAAGAAGUGAAACAUUCCCAAAGUCUUAUGGAUUUUCAGAAUCUUUCCCUUUCUGCAAACACAAGACAGCAUUCUGAAUCUUUAAACUCUUUUGAAAUCGAACCUCCUAGUUUCAAACCAGAGAACUGUUCCUUAAUCUAUAUAAGCCAGAUCAGUGAUACGCCAGCUGUAUCGUUGCUCCAGAUAACUGCUGAUGGAAAAUUUGCAAGUUGUACAUCAUCAGGUGGAAUUGUUCAUAUUUUGAAGCUCAGAAAAGAAUCCUUUGAUAUUUCUGCAUCAUUAAAUUGUCACAAAGGAUCUGUUAAUUCAUGCAGUUGGAAUCAUAAAGGAAGACUCUUUAUAACAUGUGGUGUUGAUCAAACAGCAAAAAUAUGGAAUCUGAAUAGCGUUCAUCAAAAUCCUGUUUUAACUUUUGGAAUGGAAUGCAAUCAGAAUCUGAGCUCUCCUAGAAAAAAAAAAUUUCGCUUUAAGGAAGAAGUUGAACAAGCACAAUUUUAUUACCUUGACAAGUUUAUUUUAGCAGCAUCUGGAAACGCACUUCAUAUUUUUGAUUACAAAAUUCACAUGGAAAAUUCUGGAAUACGAAAUAAUAUUAACAAAAGCUGUUCAAAACUAAUCAAAAGAAUUCCUCUGAAUAUGAAAAAGAUAACUACUUUUGCAGCAAUUAAUCAAUUUUUCUCUAGUAUCCUUUUUACUGUUUUUUUAUAA